CACUGUCCUUGACAUCCUGGAUGGCCCAUACAACUUCCAGAACCAUGUGUCUUGGACUUAUGCUGCGACGAGUUGCAUACGGGAAGAACACGUCCACGUCUGCGACUGAUCUCGAAGUUAUCGAGGAUAGUCAACUCAACAGGAGAAUUGGUGCAAUCCUCCGCCCUGGUGCCUGCCUGGUGGACUCGAUCCCUUGGCUCAAAUACCUUAGGUAUGGCUGGGAUUUAAGACGGGGUUUGAGAGAAGCGUGAAAGAGCAAAUGAGCGAUGUGGACAUCGGCCCUUCGUUCGCGAAAUAUAUGCUAGAAAGUGGUCAUCUCUAUGAUUUGUCAGAGGCUGAGAUAGCCUCUCUUGCUAGGGGCUUUAAG